GCUCGCUUUCCCGGCGCCCCCCGCGCCAAGAUGGCUGACAGGAGCUUCCGGUGGGGAGGCGCGCGGUGCCGCCGCGGGGGGCGCGAAGCGUAACGGUCGGGUCCGGCUGAGGGCUCUGCGGAGCAGUGUGCGGCUGUGGAUGAGAGCCCAGUUGGGAGCCAGGAGAUCCCGGAGCCCGGCUGGGAGCCAUGGCCGCGGUGGUGGCCAAGCGCGAGGGGCCGCAGUUCAUCAGCGAGGCGGCCGUGCGCGGGAACGCGGCCAUCCUGGACUACUGCCGGACGUCGGUGUCAGCCCUGUCGGGAGCCACGGCGGGGAUCCUUGGGCUGACGGGCCUGCACGGCUUCAUCUUCUACUUCCUGGCAUCCGUCCUCCUCUCCGUGCUCCUGGUGCUGAAAGCCGGGCGGCGAUGGAAUAAGUACUUUAAAUCCCGAAGGCCGCUUUUCACGGGGGGGCUCAUAGGAGGGCUCUUCACCUACGUCCUGUUCUGGACUUUCUUGUACGGCAUGGUUCACGUCUACUGAAACAACAGCUGUGGUAGCCACGGUGGUUUUUAAUGAAGCAGGAGGACUGUUGCCAAACAUCACCCACACAACUAGGCCAGCUUACCUUUUAAACUUGUUUGUUGCUUGUAUCCUUCAUACUGUCAGUAAAUUAUGUCCAAGUACAAAUGAAUCAGUAGUAUUGUUCUAAUUAAACUGAAUGUGAAACCACA